GCAUUAGUUGACUUGAGAUGAUCUGACCCCCAAGGACACACACUGUUCUUAGUAUUUCCACUCUUUGGUAUUGGUAUUGAUUUUGUGGGUUAAAAAUGGAGAAGUACGAAUUUAUUAAGGAAUUGGGUGCUGGAAGUUUUGGUGUUGCAAAUCUUUGUAGGGAUAAAAAGAGUGGAGAGCUUGUGGCCAUCAAGUUCAUUGAACGUGGUCCAACGAUCGAUGAGAAUGUAGAAAGAGAGAUAGUAAACCAUCGGUUGCUUCAACAUCCAAAUGUCAUUUAUUUCAAAGAGGUUUUUCUAACACCAACACAUUUGGGUUUGGUGAUGGAAUAUGCUUCUGGUGGAGAAGUAUUCGAAAAAAUUCGUAAUCAGAGACGUCCUUUUACUGAAGAUGAGGCAAGAUAUUUGUUUCGGCAGCUGAUUUUUGGAGUCCAAUAUAUCCAUUCCAUGGACGUAUGUCAUAGAGAUUUGAAGUUAGACAAUAUCCUUUUAGACAAUGGAAGUAAAUCCCCACGCUUGAAGAUAUGUGAUUUUGGCUACUCCAAGCGAGUAAAUCCUAGAGAAUUGAAGCAAAUUGCACGUGGAAGGAACUUUGGUUCUGGCUUCCCCAAGAGAAGAGGAAAUAGAGAUCAUUUGAAGCUAGAUAGUAACCUUUCAUAUGGAUGCCAAGCACCACAGUUGAAUCAAAAAUGUAAUUCCGUUGGAUCAAACUCAGCCGCCUCGCAGUCGAAGAUCAAUAAUAAUUUUGGCUUCUACAAGUUUCAAUCAAAACCAAAUACAAAUGUUGGUUCUGCAACAUACACAGCACCGGAGGUUCUACGUGGGAGAGAAUAUGAUGGAAAGAUGGCGGAUGUAUGGUCAUGUGCAGUUACUCUGUAUGUUAUGUUGGUUGCUGCAUAUCCUUUUGAUGACUCGGACGAUUCUGGAAACUCUGAGAAAACUAUUAAGCGAAUAAUGUCUGGAGACUACAAAAUCCCAGACCAUAUUCACUUAUCUGAAGACUGCCAACACCUACUCUCUCGCAUGUUUAUUCCAGAUCCCUCAAUGAGAAUUUCGAUAAAAAAGAUCACGACUCACUCCUGGUUUUCAAACAACAACUUACAAUCAAAACAAAUAGAACCAACCUUAGAAUUGGAUAAUCCAAACUUCUCUCAUCAAAGUGUGAAAGAAAUCAGGAACAUCGUGAUAGAAGCAAGUAAUCAGUUGGCCCCAUGAGAUCAUCCACAGCCAUCAUGGCCUACGUACUGAUAAAAAAAAUAAGAGAACAUCACUGCACAGAGUUUGAGAGAAGUGGAGGAAAGAUGAAGAAGCUGAGUUUGUUGUAUGAAAAGACUGGAAGAAAUUCUUUGGCAAGUUGGUAGAAAAGAUUUUAUCACAAUUUAGACACCAAUGAUCAUGGUAUGCCGUCUUUUAUAUUAUUGUUGAACUUGAUUACUCUUAUGAUCUGACGAUAGUAUUAAAUAAUUAUUGUUCUCCAAAACUACAGUCAUAAUUAGCAUAAGACAUUAUUGUCAGACAUUCAAGUUCUAAAUGUGUUCAUAUAUUGCUGGGGAUUAUCUUUGAAUUAAGUCUAAGCUACAAAUUACUUCUUUAUUAGCUUUGGUUUUGUAAAGUAUUGGAAGAUGUUUUGAGUUCACUUCUCUGUCUGUGUUUAUUUGCAAGAAGAUUGAGUUAGUUUGUAUGUGGGAGUUCCCUAUAUGAAUCUACUGUUUGAACAUCA